AUGGCCGACUCCAAACCGCGAAAGCGCUCUCGCGCCGCGUGUCUAUCCUGCCAAUCUCGCAAAAGAAAAUGCUCAGGCGAACAGCCCUGUGCAACAUGUCUACAAUCCGGCGUGGACUGCCAAUACAGCUCUGCCUCGCGCAAGAAGCGCCUCAGAUCCACUAGCGCGCAUGGCACCAGUCUACCACUGGAUGCAUCACGGCCUCCUGAUGGACAGGAAUAUUCAAUUCCGAAAGCCAUCAGCACGCCUGGUAGUACGACCUCCCCUGCCUUGUUCAAUCGUGGGGAUGCAGGGGUGAGUCAUUCCCUCGAAGCGAAUUCUGGCGCCGCGUUUGUACGCAAACUUGGGCUGCGCAUUGAUCCUGCGCGUGCGCCGAGGUUGCAUCUUUUUGCAUGGAAUGUAGGCGAGAGGCGGUUAUCGUCUGCACUUUCCACAGAGCCUGGGAAGGCGCUGGCGCCGGUGCUUAUUACGAAGCUUCUUUCUCUGGAGGAGAUGCGACGGUUGGAGGCGAUAUAUUUCGAAAAGGUUGAUCCUUGUUAUUCUUUUCUGGAUCGCCAUUAUGUUCAGUCUCGUAUUGCACAGCGUUGGGACGUGUCCGAGCUACUGGAACAAUCAUAUGAUGCCGUCUUAUAUGGCGUCGCGGCAUUUGGAUACUUAUUUUCAAACCGCGAGAGAAUUCCCACUGAGCUCCACGUUAUCGAUGCAGCAUAUAAUAUUUUACAAAAGAGCAUUCUGGGUGCAGAAACACCAUCAAUCGAGAUCAUAGCUGGUUGGGUUCUUCGUGUCGCCUAUUUACGCAUGACAGCCUCACCGCACGCCAGUUGGAUGGCAAGUUGCACAUUGAUGCACUUAAUUGAGGCAGCAGGCCUACACCUUGAAUCAACAAACUCAAGUCUUCUCCACACAUCGACAGACCAAAAUCCCGAGACACCUUCAGAUACCCGCCGUCUCUUGGGAAUGGCCCGCCACCUAAACACCUGGAUUUCAUUCGACCUAGGCCGCUCCCGCGUCAUAGCCCACGGCGCAACAACUAAAGUGCCCCAAAAUCCUCAUCGAGCCGAUCUUCUCCAUCUACUUCCCUUAUCCGAAAGCCUCGACCCAACAACCUCGGCACAGCAAGACCUUCCCGAUCUUGAAAAUGCCCUAAACUCCGUCCUGGACCUAGUCUACACGGAACCAUCAUUAAUCCUUGUCCAAUGCAACCUGAUGCUCUGCAUAUACCGUCGCGUUCGCGCUCUUAACGCCCAUGCUCCACUCUCGACCCGUCCAGACCGCUUCCUCGCUAUCGCAAGUCGUGGUCUUCGCGCUGCACGUGAAAUGGUAGCUUCCACUUGCCCGUGGCAUCAGGUCGCUAACGUCCCUUUCCAAGUUGUCUGUACACUUCUGGCCAUCGAUAACCGGGCCGCGUUGGCAUUGCUUCCGGACGCUAUGCUGACGCUAAAGGAAGUGGUCACGGUCUACGAUACGGAUGUUAUGCGGGAAGCUUAUUCGACGGCCUAUUUGCUUGUUGCUAUGCAUCAGCGGCGGAAGGAGGAUGAUACGCGUGCGUUGGCGGAUGUAUUAAGGGCUAAUUCGGCGGCUGCAGCUGUUUUUGGGCAGCAGGAUGAUGGUGGUGGUGGUGGUGGUGGUGGUGGUGGGAAUGAGUUGGCUGGGAAGGAUUCAGAGAAGACACAUUUGGAGGAGGUGGUUCAACAGACACAUGCACCUGUUUCGGAUGUUGAGGUCUCUUGGUUGGGGGAUUUGGUCAUUGAUAUGCCUAGUUUGCAGAAUUUUGAUAUGGAUCAAUUUCUUAUGACUGAUGUGCCGUGGCCGUGGCCUGAGAUGGGGAUAUAA